AUGGCGGCCGCUGUGUGUCCUGUCGUCGGUACCACCAACACGGUCCUUCCUCCCACUCAUCCCGAAGUGGAUCUAAACAAAGAUGGUCUCGUUUGCCCUGUGACCAACGCUACAACCGACCACCACCACAACUUGCUGAAGCAUCCCAGCGUUCCUGGUGCAAAGGACCCGAAGGCUAGCGCUGAGGAGUGUCCAGCACUCCAGAAGAUGGUCAGUCGUGAUGAAGACAAAGAAAGAGACGAAGGUGUCUGCCCCGUCGUUGGUACGGCCACAAGUGUACUGCCACCCGAUCAUCCAUCCCUGAACGGCAAAACCGACGACAAGGUCUGUCCAGUGACGAAAGCCAAGUUGGGAGAUCACAAGGACAAGAUUCACCAACAUCCGCCAGUCGAGAAUGCCUCCAAGGAUGCAGUGUGCCCCGUUGCGGGAGUCAAGGCAAAGUAG